AUGUCGAGGGUUACUAGGUGGAAAAUAGAGAAGACAAAAGUAAAGGUGGUUUUCCGGCUCCAAUUCCAUGCUACACAUAUUCCACAAUCUGGAUGGGAUAAGCUGUUUAUCUCUUUCAUCCCUGCUGACUCUGGGAAGGCUACAUCAAAGACAACCAAAGCAAAUGUGAGAAAUGGAACCUGCAAGUGGGCAGAUCCAAUCUAUGAAACAACAAGACUCCUCCAAGACAUUAAAAGUAGACAAUAUGAAGAGAAGUUUUAUAAAAUUGUUGUGGGGAUGGGUUCAUCGCGAUCUAGCAUCCUUGGCGAGGCCAACAUCAAUCUAGCUGAUUUUGUUGAUGCAUUGAAGCCAACAGCUGUUGCUUUGCCUCUUAAUGGAACUGAGGCUGGAGUCACACUACAUGUCACAGUGCAGCUUCUCACUUCCAAAACUGGUUUCAGAGAAUUUGAGCAGCAGAGGGAACUCAGAGAGAGGGGUCUGCAGACAACCUCUGACCAAGGUACUCAUGGUGAAUCUGCUGAUAGCAAAGAGUCAUCUCCUGACCAGAAUGCCAAUAAUCAUAUAAAUAAGGUUAAUUCAAGAGUGAAAUUGAAAAGAGAAUCUAAAGAUCUCCCCCGUAUAUCUUCACUUGAAGAAGAGUCAGGGGUAAAUGAAGAGUAUGCUGAUUCAGCUGCUGGCUUUGAUGGCUCUUCUAGCACUUCUGAAAGCAUAUAUACUGAGAAGCAUGAUAUCUCCAGUACACAUGAAGUGGACAGUCUUAAAAGCACUGUCUCUGGUGAUUUAGGUGGACUAUCCCUCAGUCAAAGUCCUCAGCCAGACAAAGGAGAGGCACCUGAUAAUCAGUUUCCAGCACAGGGUAGUGACCGGGUUCAUGGUUGGAGCAUAGACUAUUCAGCUGCCAAUAGUUUGGCUGCUGCUUCUGAAGAUAGGAGCAGUAGUAGACUUAUGGGAAAUUUGGAAGCAGCUGAGUCGUCUAUUCUUGAUCUAAAACUGAAUGUAAGUUCUUUGCAAAAUCACGCAGAUGAAAUAGGUGUUGAAACACAUAAGUUUUCUGAGCAACUUGCUACUGAGAUUUCAUCUGGAGAAGAGUUAGCAAAGGAGGUUGCAGUACUAAAAUCAGAGUGUUCAAAGUUUAGAGAUGAGUUUGAUCACCUUAAAAGUUCUAAGUUGAGCUUAGCAUUCCCUCACAAAGAUCCUACUGGUACAGAUCAGGAUAAAUUAUUUCAAAAUUUGCAGCAUAAAUGGAUUAAGGGGCUUUUGCUCAUGGAAGAUAAGUUAAGAGAUAUUCAGAAGGUGUCUAUGGGAUUUCCUGAAAGGGAUUUUCGGUUCCUUAACUUGGAGUUAGAAGCACUGGCUGAAAUUUUGCAGAACCUCAAACUAGAAUCUGGAGAGCCAAUUUCAGCGGCUAAAGUUGUCAAUGAAAGAGAGAACAAGAAAAUGAAUUUACAUAAAAGUCAACAGUUUUUAACAGAUAUUGGGUCUGAUGCAGGUUUACUUCAACCUGAAAGCAUGACUCAUUAUCUUUCCAUACCUGGCCUUGUGUCUCACGAGUUUGAUUCUGUUGAUCCUACCCUUGCAAUGAAAGAGAAAAUUUUUGAACUUUUAAGAGAGAUAGAUGAGUCCAAAACCGAAAGGGAAAGCCUUGUAAGGAAAAUGGACCAGAUGGAGUGCUACUAUGAAGCUCUUAUUCAGGAACUUGAGCAGAAUCAAAGGCAGAUGAUGGCUGAAUUGCAGAACCUUAGGAAUGAACAUUCUACUUGUCUGUACACAAUUUCUGCUGGUAAGACCGAGAUGGAGAGAAUGCACCAGAAUAUGAAUGAGCAGAUAAUAAAAUUUUCUGAAGACAAGCGCAUUUUGGAAACUCUAAACAACGAGUUUGAGAGAAGGGCUAUUUCUGCUGAAGCAGCCCUUAAAAGGGCCAGAUUGAACUAUUCUAUUGCUGUUGGUCAAUUGCAAAAAGAUCUUGAGCUCCUUUCUUGCCAAGUUCUUUCUAUGCAUGAGACAAAUGAGAAUCUUAUAAUGCAGACCCUUUCUGAUUCUUCACUUCCAAACACUGAUGGUUGCUCAGAACAAGUGACGUAUCCUAAAAUUUCAGAAGGUCAUACAUCCAAUCGAUUGCUAUGUCAAAAUCACUAUUCUUCCUUACAAAGACAACAUUUGGGUGAAGACAUUUUACUUAGUGAUUUGAAAAAAUCACUUCAGUUGCAAGAGGGGUUAUACAGACAAGUUGAAGAAGAAAUCAGCCAAAUGCAUUUUACAAAUAUAUACUCUGAUGUCUUUUCUAAGGCUCUACAAGAAACAUUGCUCGAAGCAAGUCUUGACGUUCAACUCAUGAAAGAGAAAAUUGUUCAACUCUCUCAGCAGCUGGAGCUUGCAAAUGAAUCCAACGAGUUAUUGGGGCUGAGGUUGCAGAAUGCUAUGAAUGAUAUCCUCUCACUAAAUGAGUACAAGGAAAUUUGCACAGCAAAGGGCAAUGACAUUGCUCUCCAGAACCAAAUUUUAGAGGCAAAUUUAAAAAAUCUUGCUCAUGAAAACAAUCUUCUUACUGAGAAAGUUAAUGGGCUGGAAGUUCUUCUGACAGAGUAUAGAAGUUAUGAGGGAAAGUACGCGGCCUGCAGUACAGAAAACUCAGAGUUGAAAAGUUUAUUGAAAAAAGAGAGCGUAGAAAUUAAUCAUCUUCAUGAUGAAAUAUCCAUUUUGCAGGAAGAGUUAAAGUCUGUCAGAACUAAAUUUGACAAGCAAGUUUCGGUGAAGGAUAAUCUGCAGAAUAAUGUCACCUUUUUGUCUAAUAAGUUGCAGAAGUUGCUGGCAUCAUAUGAAGAAAGACACACUGAACUUUCUCUUUGUAGUAGAUCUGCUUGUUUGGAUUUGAAAUGUGAAGACUUUGAGGGUCUCUUAUUGCGACUAGAAGAGUUGCAACAGAGUGCAUUUCAUAGAAUCCUGCUACUCACUGAAGAGAAGGAGAUUUUAGUCCAUGAAAAACAAAUGACUCAAGUAUCUUUAAAUACUGCAGAAUCAGGUGUUCUGGUCAUGAAACAGAAGUUUGAGCAUGAUUUGCGAGAGAUUUUACAUAAGAUAACUGUGUCAGGUGCUCUGUUGCAGAAACUUCAGUUAGAUUUCGAGGUGAUCAUUGACAGGAUUAAUGCUGGUUUUGAAGCUGAAGAAUUAUACACUCAGCGUCACAAAGAAUUUUUGUCUGGUCUUGAUCAUUUGGACGCUGAGCUACAACAACUUAAUUCAAGAAAUCAGGACCUUGCUCAAGAAAUAAUAAAACUAGAUACUUCAUCUAGUGAACUUGAAAUAUGUAAGCUGACCUUAGCAACAAUCGAAGAGGAAAACAAAGAUUUGGAAUCAUCUUUACAGGAAAAAACUGAAGAAUCUGCCAAGAUUUCAUCUGAGCUUGAUUUUUUGAAAAAGAACUUGCAUUCUCUGCAUGAUGAAUUGCACGUUGAGAAAACUAUCAGAGAAAAGUUGGAGAAAACAGUUUCCAAUCUUAGCACUGAAUUGAGUGAGAAGAAAAGCCAGCUGCAGGGAAAGAAAGAUUUGGAGUUGUCUUUGCAGGAGAAAAACGAAGAAUCUGCCACAAUUUCAUCUGAGCUUUAUUUUUUGAAGAUGAACUUGCAUUCUCUGCAUAAUGAGUUGCAUGCUGAGAAAACUGUCCGAGAAAAGUUAGAGAAAACACUUUCAGAUCUUACCACAGAAUUGAAUGAGAAGCAAAGUCAGCUGCAAGGUAAGAUAGAUUUGGAAUCGUCUUUACAGGAGAAAACAGAAGAAUCUGCCAAGAUCUCAUCUGAGCUAAAUUAUUUGGAGAAGAACUUGCAUUCUCUGCAUAAUGAUUUGCAUGCUGAGAAAACUGUCAGAGAAAUAUUGGAGAAAGCAGUUUCAGAUCUUACCAGAGAAUUGAAUGAGAAGCAAUGCCAGCUGCAGGAGGCUGAUAUGAAAAGACAAGAACUUGUCCAUCUCAAGCAAAUGGUGACAGACUUAGAAUUCGAAAAUUCAAGAAUCUCAGAUCUUCUACAGAAAUCUGAGAAACAUCUUAAAGAUGCUUUAAAAGAAUCUUCUUCUAUUAGUUUUCUGGAAACUCUAUUUUCUGAAAUGCAUGAAUCUUUCAUUGCUACAGACAUUGUUAUGACUUUUACCAGAGCUCAGUUUGAGGAUCGUAUGGAAGAGCUUGCUGAGAAGCUUCACUCCACUUGCAGGCAACUUGAUGUGUUUCACAAGAAAAAUUUCGAUGUAGAAACUGAAUUGAACAGCUGUCUUUGCAGAGAACAGAUUUGCAUUGAAGAAAAUACAAGAUUGUUGUCGAGCCUUGACUUUCUGAAAUCUGAAUUAGAGAUCCUGACUGUUCAGAAUAGAGAACUAAUUGAUCAAAACAGUGCACUUAUGUCAGAGCUUAAGGAUCACAAGAAUAUGACCGAGGAGGUCAAUGAUACUUCUAAUAUGCACGAAAGACCGUGUGUCCUUGAGGUUGCAAGGCUGGAGCAAUUGCUGGCAAGUUGUCGUAGAGAGGCUGCAGAACUCUUUUUGUCCAAGGAAGAAGCUGAACUCAAGUGUAUAGUUCUGCAGGACAAAUUGGAUGAACUGAAAACUGCAUUCACUUCAUUAAAACAAUCAGAUGAUGAGCUAAUAAGACUGCAGAACCAAUGUAAUGAGCUUACCAAGAGGCUUGCUGAACAGGUUUUGAAGACAGAGGAAUUUAAGAAUUUGUCUAUUCAUUUGAAGGAACUGAAAGACAAAGCUGAGGCUGAGUGUCUUAAUGCUCAUGACAGAAGAGGACAUGAACCACCACCGGUUGCUAUGCAGGAGUCCUUGAGAAUUGCAUUUAUCAAGGAACAAUAUGAAUCAAAGUUGCAAGAACUAAGACAUCAGUUGUCUUUGUCCAAAAAGCAUAGUGAGGAAAUGCUGUGGAAACUACAAGAUGCAGUUGAUGAAACUGAGAAUAGAAAAAAGUCUGAAGCUUCUCAAAUAAAAAUUAACGAAGAGCUGGGGAUGAAGAUCUUGGAAUUGGAGGCUGAGUUACAGGCUGUACUUUCUGAUAAACGUAAUUUGUUAAAUGCUUAUGACCUUCUAAAGGCUGAAAAGGAGUGUUCCGCAAUAAGCCUUGAAUGUUGUAAGCAAGAAAAGCAAGAGCUUGAAGCUUCUCUUGUAAAAUGCAAUGAGGAGAAGUCCAAAAUUGAAGUAGAACUAACGUUGGCGAAGGAAUUGGUGGAGACUUCGAGAUCUCAUGCAAAUUCUCUGAACAAGGGCAAUGGUACAUUCUCUACGUUGAAUCCUCAACAAAAGUAUAAUCAUGAGCCAGAGAGUGCAACUUUACUCAUCAACAUGCAACCCGAGGAUCCUCUUGCAUUUACUGUUAUGAAUGGAGGCCAAACACUUGGAAAUCAAAACGACUUGCAACAAGAAGAAGUAAUGAAGCAUGUGGCAUCAGCUGAAAGUUUGAAAUCUAGCAUUGACCACUUGAGUAAGGAGUUGGAAAGGAUGAAAACGGAGAAUAUGCUUCCUUCAGUAGAUGGCCAUAGUUAUGAUGAGCCAAGUUUCCCAGAUCUGCAAAGAGAAUUGAUUCAGCUACAUGAGGCCAAUCAAGAGUUAGAAAACAUAUUCCCAGUAUUCGAUAAAUUCUCAGUCAGUGGUAAUGCAUUAGAAAGGGUGCUUGCUUUAGAGAUUGAGCUUGCUGAAGCAUUGCGGACCAAGAAGUCAAACAUCCAAUUUCAGAGUUCUUUCUUGAAACAACAUGGUGAUGAGGAAGCAGUAUUCCGAAGCUUCAGGGAUAUCAAUGAGCUAAUUAAAGAUAUGUUAGAACUAAAGGCAAGACAUUCUACUGUGGAGACAGAACUGAAAGAGAUGCAUGAGCGUUACUCUCAAUUAAGUCUUCAAUUUGCAGAGGUUGAAGGUGAGAGACAAAAACUCAUGAUGACUAUAAAAAAUACUCGAGCAUCUAAGAAGGCUUCAGGUUAG